AUGAAGCUGAAGCUGGACCCGGCGACGGCGCAGGCGCUGCAGGCGAUGAAGCUGGACCAGACAAGGAAGGUUGCUGGACGGGCUCCUCGGGCCCUCCAGCUGACGUGGCAUGAGGACACUAUGUUUUGCUGCACUGUCGAGCGCAGAUCCACUGAGCUCCACCCACAUGCAUUCAAUCAAGCUAGCCAGACAGAAGCUCAUUACAACAUGGCAACUGCCUCAACGCCUCCCGAAGUUGAACCUCCUCCACCGUCAUUGAAAUCUGGCGUUUGGAACUUUUUUGGCUUUCGUGUGAAGUAUGACCCUGACGAAAACACCGGGUUUCAGGAAAUGCUGAGAGUACUUGAGCCCCGUUACAGUAUUCCUUCACGAACCUAUUUCACCGAUAUUGCAGUUCCUGCUUUGUACAAGGAGACAAAAGCAAAAUUAGAGACGGCAGUGUCAGCAGCACCCGCUGUUGCUCUGACCUCAGACGGCUGGACGUCAAGAGCUACGCAGAGCUACCUCACUGUCACCGCACAUUACAUUGAUCCGGAAUGGCAGAUGAAAAACUGUGUUUUGCAGACACGCCUGGUCGAAAGUCACGCCACUGACGACUUAGCCAAAGGUCUCUCUGAAGCUGUGGAAGACUGGAAGUUAGUGCGACCAAAUGUGACAAUACCUGUAACUACUGACAAUGCUAAGAACAUAGUUAAUGCCGUCACAGCUGCUGGACUGGGGCCACAAAUUGGAUGUUUUGCACAUACUAUUAAUAUAGCUGCUCAGAAAGGAAUGGCAGUGCAGAAGGUUUCCCAUCUCCUGGCAAAGAUGAGACGAAUUGUCUCCUUCUUUCACAGAAGCACAACAGGAUGCAAUGUGUUUAAGAAAAAACAGCAACUGCUGCAGCUUAGUGAAAAAAAACUGAUCCAAGAUGUUCCAACUAGGUGGAACUCCUCUCAUGAUAUGAUGGAAAGAUACCUUGAACAGCAAGCUGCAGUGUAUGCUGCUAUGGCCGACAAUACUGUGAAGAAGAGUAUGAAGAACAUUCAGAAUCUAACUCAGGAAGAACAUGCACUGGCUGAAAAUCUUGUUACAGUCAUGAAAACCCUAAAAACUGUGACAGUCAUGAUGUGUGAAGCGUCAUCUCCAACAGCAUCCAUGAUCCUGCCACUUAAAAUGAACAUCCUGAACUCUAUGGUGCAGUCUGAUGAUGACAGCCCAGCAGUGAGAGAUGUAAAAAAAAAAAUCAGGGAGGACCUGGAGCAGAGAUAUGCUGAUCCUGCCCUUCAGAAUUACCUACACAAGUGCACAGCUUUAGAUCCUCGAUUCAAGUCUCUGCGACACUUGGAUGAUGUCACUCAGCUGAGAGUCUAUGGAGCACUCAGCACAGAACUUGUGCUGAGCAUUGAACAAGACCAAGCCGCAGGCACCACAGAAACUGCGACCUCCACAGAGACUCAAGCAGCAAACUCUUCAGAUUCACCAUCAGCAUCUCCACCAGAGAAAAAGUCGGCCAUGAAGGAGUUGUUUGGAGAACUGUUCAUGGCACAAGAGCCAAGGACCAGGUCUGCAGCCGAAGUGGCAGAGGAGGAAAUGAACUUGUACAGGUUAGCAGACUGCAUUCCCACAGAUGAUAACCCACUGAGAUGGUGGAAGGAACAUCACAGCUUGUACCCUCAUCUUUCCAAGUUGGCACAGUGUUACUUGGUUGUACCUGGAACCUCUGUCCCAAGUGAGAGGGUGUUUUCCACAGCAGGUGACAUUGUGACAGCAAGCAGAUCUGUACUGUCAGCAGAACAUGUGGACAUCCUAAUUUUUCUGAAGAAGAACAUGGAAAUUGAGUAA